GAUUCGGGAAUCAUCACGCCAAGUCUGGCACUGCAUUCCUUCUUGACUUAUUUCGGACAGCCAGAUGCCCCGACCCGUGGCGCCAUUGUGUCGGUGUACCAAGCAGGAGCCUGGCUUGGAAGUGCUUCCGUUGGCAUUACCAGUGACAGAUUCGGUAGACGAAAAGCUAUCGCGUUUGGGUGCAUAUGGGGUGUCAUCGGGGCUGCGUUGAUGGCUGGAGCCGCACAUGUUGCUAUGCUUAUCAUGGGUCGUCUUUUAAUAGGUUACGCCGUUGGGACCAUCACUGGCGUGGCUCCUGUGUUCGGUGCUGAGAUUGCGAAGACUCACGAACGUGCGAAAAUCACGGCCGCCAAUCAAAUGAUGGUCGCUUGGGGGUUCUUCGUUGCUUUGUGGACUGGAGUUGGUGAAAGCCGAUGGAAUAAUCCGAAUCAAUGGCGAAUUGGGUUUGCCAUUCAGGGCAUACCGGCUGUUCUACUUGGCGCUGGCGUAUUGUUUAUUGGCGAGUCACCAAGAUGGCUCUGUCUCAAGGGUCGGCACGAAGAAGCCAAACAGGCCUUCAAUAGAUACCAUUACGACGGAUCUAACGAAGAGUGGUGCGAUACCGAGUUUAGUGUUAUCCGAGCCAACAUUGAAGAAGAGAGCAAGGCCCAGGGCAGUCUGACUUGGGGAGACCUGCUGAAGAUACCAGCGUUCCGGAAACGUCUGUUUGUAGGAUCUUUCGUGUGGGCUGCUGCGAUGCUGUCGGGUAUCUCGUUUGUGCAGUAUUACCAAACCGCCAUCUACGCGACCCUUCAAUUUGGCCAAAGCGAACAGCUUCUCGUCAGCGGUCUCUACGGCUCGGUUGCCCCAGUGGCUUGCCUCGCAUCUCUAUUCUUUGUUGAUCGAAUUGGGCGCAAGAAAAUUCUGAUAUCGAGUUCCGCGCUUCUCUCGAUCUGCUAUACCAUCAUCACCAUCAUUGCCGCAGUCUACCCAGCGCUCCCCGGUCAGCCUACAAAUGCCGCCGCACAGCGAGGUCUUAUUGCAUGCAUAUUUGCCGUCUCCGCUAUUUACUCGGCUUUUCUUGGUCCCAUGACUUGGAUCAUUCCUCCGGAGGUUUUCACAACCGAGCUUCGAGCCAAAGCCAAUGCGCUGGUGCAAGUAAUACAUUACUCCAUUAGUUUGGUAAUAACGCAAUGCUCCCCUAUUGCAUUGGCGGCGGUUGGCUGGAAAUACUACAUUCUCUUUAUCCUUACCAACGCGUUUUGCGCAUUGGUUUUCGCUUUUGCGUAUCCCGAAACGAAGGGUAAAUCACUCGAAGAGGUCGAUGAGAUUUUUGGUGAUGUUAAGGUUAUCCAUGAAAAGAACAUGAAAUUCGUCAAUGAUGAGGAAAAUGCUGUUGAGGUAUUGGAAGUUCAUGGUGGGAAGGAUGAAUGUAGACUCUAGUGUGUCAAGGUCAAGAUGGGUAGGUACCUUAGGUACUGUCUCACCCGAAUCUCCUGACUACAUGCAUCUACCCUACCCUGGUAAAUAGUGCGCAUACCGGCCUGCAAAUAGUACAGUUGUCUCAAAUUUAGUCACAAGUGAUGAAUUAUCAAGAAUUGUAAGGAGCAUAUGUACAUACAUAACUACCUAACCUUAAUUC